ACUCUUCAUAUAUAAAUACAUAAGUAAAAACAUCACCUAAGUUUAUUGCAUAAUCGUAUUGCUUCAGGCACAAAAGUAAAUUUGUAGAGGUCUGAGGGGGUUAAAGGUAAUACAAUCUCAUAACUUAAAUGUAUUCAAGUCAUGGACAUUUUUUAGUAGUAAAUAUAAAUAUUUUCUUCGUAUGCUCAAAAAAAUCUUACAUUUUAUACAGUAAUUGAGGCAAGGUUAUUUUAAGUAAUUGGACUCGUCAAUGUUUGCCUGGUGGUGGUUGAGGUAUGUAAAAAAAAAGCCAUUAGAUUUGCAUAUUUUGGGACUUGUUGGUGGACUCCUUUUGACUUUGACCUGUAAACAACCACCCUGAACACCCUAGCAAGCAACCAUUUGGCAACAGGCUAAACAUGUUCAGAAAGCAGUUCACAUUUUCUUUAAAAAAAUCUAGUCUUUAAUAUUAAUGUUUUUCAUUCUCUUUGUUCAUUCUAGGUCCUGAAGCCACUUACCGAGCAAUACAUGGAAGAAAAUGUCCGACAGACUGUUGUGAACUCUAUAAGAGCCACGCUUACAGAUCAGGUGACACAAGCUACGAAGUUGAAGACCAACUGACAGUUUGCUGUGCCUUAUCUGCCUAGUGUUUGAACAAUCACUGCUUUAAUGUUGUGUAAUUUUUUUUUGACGUUUGGUCAUGUAGACUCUAACCAAAGUUUACAGCAUAAUUUACCCUGACCAAUAUCCACACCACCAAUAUGACGCUGUUAAUGGCAAGGAACAUCAUUACAAAUGCUUAUCAAUUCAGGUUUAAGUCAGCACAUAUAAAUGCAGUUUUGGCCAUCUCUUGGUUUGAGGGAUUAUCAGGGAAGCACUACAACUGUUUAAUAAUCUGACAGGGAAUUCAAAAACUAGAUGUUAAACCCCUUAUAUAACCCCUUAUAACGGUUUAAUUCCUGCUCUCAGUGGAUGAACCGUUGCAUUUUCAAUUCAGCCUUCAACCACGUUCAGUUAUUCAGUGUGAAAAUACACCAGCUUUUUUGCUGUUUUUUUUUUUUUUUUUGGUGAGAUAUUUUUAGUGCUUUUAAGGAAUGCUGAAGUUGUAAAUCCAUCCAAGUCACUGCUCUACUGGGCCUCUUUCUGUACAGUGUCGUUUUAGACUAUCAUAGCCUCAUGCAUGUAAAUGAGUUUGAAAAUCAGCUGUAGAUCAGAGGAUGUUUUGAGAUCUGUAUGAAUGUGAUCCAUUCGCCUUUUGUUGUACUUCUCUAAGAACAGCGCCCCUUUCAUUUGGGUCUUCUGACCUAUUGGGAGUGCUCGUGAGAGGACUUGAUUUGUCAGUCUUUUAAGGUUAUGCCAUUUAACUUAUUUUUUAAACAAUUAAAAUAUUUAAAAUUGCUGUUUCUGACUCCUUCUGCAUUGUUGCCUGAAUGUCUUGCAGUACAAAUACAUUUUCAACUCACUGGUGGAACUGGAACUCAAACAGACUAGAACUGUGCACCUGAUAGCAUUUGUGCCUUGUAAAGAAAAAAAACAUUAUUUGUGUGCAUCUUGAGACCAAACAAUGGUACUGACAUAUUUUAACAUAUCAAUGCACUUUGCUUUGUUGAAACAGGUCAAACAUGCAUUUAAGCCUUGUCUGUGAAACUGGGGUUAAUGUAUUGAGAGUAACAUGUUAUAAAGUAUUAACUAUACAAACUAAGUUAUCAAAGUUUUGCUCAAAUCAGAUAUUUGCCCGUUUAUUCUGCUAAGUUUCUGGACUUUACAAGUGUUGCAACUCACCAGAGUGAUAAAAGAAGCUUUUAUGCCGCAGCUCUAACGUUACAGCCAUUCAAGCAGAACUGGUUUGGUUCAAAACCAUUUUUAUAACGUCUUUCUUUUUUUCCCAAACGCUUGGUGUUGCCAGCACCGGUCCCGUUUCUAUGGUGAUAGACAUUAAAACAUUUUAAACAAUGGGGAUUGAGUCACACAGUAGGCUUCUGUUGCAGUUCGUUUGGAUGGUGGGAAGUAAUGCAAGUAAGUACAAGAAGAAGAAGAAGAAGAAGAAGUUUUCUACUCAAAUGGACUCGAACGUCAAACGGACCAGAAGGUCUGUACACAAGUGUAAACUUGAUAACAUUCAAGAUACACAGCAGGACUUAGACAGUCCAAUUCCUGAAAAGUUAGGCAGCCAUCAGCCAGAAGCCAUCAGCAGUGAAGUGCAAUCAAAUGACAUGCUUUUUAGUGGGUGGAAGAAAGGACAAGAACUCCCAUGUGCUAAAUCACAACACGCUUCAGUGGAAACCCUUGAGAACAGGUUCCUUAAAGUGCGACAGAGUUUACUACAAAACACAAAUGGAAAUGUCAAUCAAGAUUUUAAUGAGCAGACAAUGCACAGAAUUCUAGCAGGAGCAGAUCUGCUUAAAGAAGAGGCUACAAUGAGGAUCCUCAGGUCAAAAUAUGAUUUACAGAUGGGCAGUAACUCUGAAGCUUUACACCUACCAUUCGCUUACUUGAUUAGGUCUAAUUCAACAAGAUCUGUCGAAUGCUCCUCAAACCCACCCAAAGUCAUUUUGAAGGAAAUGUCUAAGGGAAGAGAAAAAAGCAGAGCUGACAAAAACUCAUCUUUCAAGGGCAAACAUCUUGACUUCUUUGAAGUUGUGAAGGAACAACUGCAACAGAAGGAUUUGGAAAACCAACAUCUUGUCCAUUUGUUGUUGGUCAAGCAACAAGAACUGAAAGAUAUGAAAGAGAAAACAAAGCAAAAUGAGAGAGAAACCCAACUUAUUACUGAAAAGCUGAAAUGUGAGGAGCAGAAAAAUACAGAGAUCACCACCAGAUUCGAUCAUAUCUGUGAAGACUUGAAGGAGCAACUAGCUGAAGCCAAAAGUAACAACAAAACUUCAAUGAAGCAGCUUAAAGCACUGAUGGAGAAAUAUGAGCGUCUCAAAACACGUGCGGUCACAAUGAAGGACCAGCUCAACCUGGAGCUCGAUGAGAAAAAGAGCUGUCAAAAAUCAUUAAAGAAGCUUCAGCAGGUGUCUCAAGAGCUGCUCACCAAGCAAAAACUACUUGAGGAGCAAAGAGAUGUAGCGGCACGAGAUCUCGCUUUGUGUAGAGAGACCUUGCAGUUGAUGGAUGCUGAACACAAGAAGAACAUAAGCAUUAAUCAGAGGCUCGAAGAGGAGGCAUCGGCCAUGAGAAGCGAAUCUGAAAACCUCAGAGAUCAUUUGCGUAAAGCUCAGGAGAAGAAUAAAGAGCUCAUUCAGUCAACUCGCUCCAAAGAGUCUGACAAUGAGAAGAACGUUAAGGAAUUUCAGGACAUGGUUGAGAAACUGAAUGCUGAGUUGGAGAAGUGCCGAAAAGAAAGAGACAAAGCACAUCAGCAGGUGGAGACCAUGAAGUCUGAAUCCAAAUCGAUUCACAACAAGCAGAGAGUGGAGAUACUUCAACUACAGGAGCAGCAAAAUGCCUGUCUGCAGCAGUCCGAUGGUUUGAGAAGAGAGUGCGAGACCUUGAUGGAGAUGGUCAAUAAACUCAAGAGAGACAAGCAAGUCCUGACUGAGAAGCUGCAGACCAUUCAGAAAGAAAAGAUGGCAUCUCAGAUGGCAAGCUUCAGGGAGGGAGAGCGACUCAAAGAGGCCAUUGGUUUGCUUGAGCGAGAGAGGGAGGUGCUGUUAGCAGAGAUGGAAGACUUGCGCAAGGAUUACCUCGGCAUCAGCGACAGGAUCACACAGAGAAUGGGCCACAUGGAUGCAGCUGAUCCUCCCAUGACCAUUACUGACAUCACAUCAAAACGUCAAAGAAACGCACUAAAGCUCUCACCUACUGAUGAUGUGAUCCAGGAUAUAAGAAGAAAACUAGAAGAGGAGAACAAACAGCAAAAAUGAAGUCAUUUUGUCUUGUGAUGGACAUUAGCUACAUGCCCUGUAGAGUGAAUGCAGGCAUCUGUUGGUUUGUUACCAUCACAGCGAUUGUUUGCAAAAAUUAAAUAAACUUCACAAAUACUGAAUAUAAAAUAUUUAUUAUAUUUUAAAGAUAUAUAAAAAAAAAACAAGGAAUGUUUGUGUUCUACAGUAUUCUAGCAAAGUGCUUUGAAGCAGUUAGCAUGUAAACGAAUCCUAUUCAGUCAACUACUUAUGAAAUGUACAACAGUAUUUACAGAGAGGCCAAAGUAGGGGAUUCUUUUCAUUAGUGCAAAUCCCCCCUCCUCAAAAAAAAA